UAACCAGAGAAGCUCCUGUUGAAGAGACUGAACACACAGUGUUAUACAAGAUGGAGUUUAUUAAAGAAGGAGAGAGAAGACGUGAAGAUUGAAGACACAUUCAGACUCAACAUGAAGAGACUGAGACACACACAGACAUGAUGGUGCUGAAAGAGGAGAGUCAAGAUCUGAAUCAAACAGGAGAUUUCAUAACCGGAGAAAAAUCUUUCUUUGAAAAAAGAGCUCAGAAGACUGGAACUAGAAAAUGUUUCACCUGCCAACAGUGUGGAAGGAGUUUCUCUCAGAAAGGAAAUCUGAAGACUCACAUGAAUAUUCACACUGGAGAGAAGCCGUUCACAUGUGAUCACUGUGGAAAGAGCUUCACACAUCAAGGAACCCUUUAUACCCACAAGAGUCUUCACACCGGAGAGAAGACGUACACCUGCAAACUGUGUGGAAAAACGCUGAAUCGAAAAGGAAAUCUUCAGACUCACAUGAGAACUCACACCGGAGAGAAGCCGUUCACAUGUGAUCAGUGUGGAAAGAGUUUCACUCGUAAAGAAAGCCUUAAAAAUCACAUGCGGAUUCACUCGAGAGAAAGCUGCUGUGUAUGCCAUCAGUGUGGAAAGCGUUUCACCGACAGUAAGCACCUUAAGAAUCACAUAAUGACUCACACUGGAGAGAAGCCUUUCAUGUGCCAUCACUGUGGAAUGAGCUGCGCAAACAACACUAACCUUGAAGUCCACUUGAGAGUUCACACCGGUGAGAAACCCUUCACCUGCCAACAGUGUGGAAAGAGCUUCUCACGGAAAGAAAGUCUCAAGGAUCACAUGAGAGUUCACACUGGAGAGAGGCCAUACACAUGCAAACAGUGUGGAAAGAGCUUCACAAAUAAAGGAUCCCGUUACACCCACAUGAGGACUCACACUGGAGGGAAGCUUUUCACGUAUCUUUAGUGUGAGAAGACUUUGGUAUAUCAAACAGAUCUUUGGUCUGAGUCAUUUAAUAUUGAGUGUCUGCCAAUACUUGUAUUUCCCUAGUACUAGUUAUUCAAAUCAAACCAAUGUGAACAGGGAUAUGCAGAGAGUUCUGUUGCAAUGAUACACAUGCGUGAUCAUAAU